AUGGCCGUGACUCCGACAUCCCCAACUAUUCUCUCCCUCCCACGCGAGCUGCGGGAUCAAGUUUACGGAUACGCCCUCCUGGAGCCCAUUGUAUCUGUUACUCCCAAACUCCACCACGCUCCCGACUUCCAAAACUACCCGCCCGCCACCCAACCCGGCAUCACCAAGACCAACCGCCAGCUCCGCGAAGAAACCCUGCCCCUCUUCUACAGCCUCAACACCUUCCACAUGGGCUUAGGUAACAGGACAGACCGCCCGCUGACGAAGCGCUGGCUGCGCAGCUUGAACGCGGACAACAUCCGACACCUUCGACGGAUUCAGUUAGCCACGUGGACGACGACGUGCCUGGGAAACGAGACCGGCGAGCUCUGGUUCUGGUAUGUCGUCGGCGAGGUCGACCUCGUUUCUGGAGGAGUUGAAGUCGAGACGCUUUUCUGGGAGAAUGUGGAUGGUCAUAGUCUAGUGCCGGUCAAAGGCAACAGGGACGUGCUGAAGGCGAGACAGAGCGUAGAGAUGAUUCGCAGCGUGCUUGGUUCGUGGGCUGUGGGUGGAGUUGAUCGCGAAGGGAUUGAGAGGCUUAUGGAGAGUUUCGAUGGGGUGUGUAGGAGGAGGGAUUUGCCGCUUGUGGAUAGGAGUGAUGAGUUUUAG